ACGGCCAUUAUAAUUUGCGGUUGUGACAUUGUCAAGCGGCGAUAAGAGUUUGUUUUGAGUGCAGUUUGUUAUGUUCAGUGGUCUAAUUUCAUCCUAAUAUGGAGCUAAUAAACAGGCGUAUUGUCUAUUGCAAGCAAGAUCCCGACUACACAAGUCCUUUUGAUGCAUCGUUCUGCAAUUGUCAUGAAUACAAAAAUGGCCCAGUGAUUUGCGAUUGUGGAGAAGAUAUAGAAGUGCAUGAAUGGGCUUGGGACCAGCAGCUAGCUACUGCUACGACACGGUUAAGCAAUGACAACCGGGAAGUCCAGUUCCAUCCGGGAUACAGCUCCGGGACUGCCGCAAUCCGGGGGGAUUCUCCCUUUCAGCGAGGCCACAUCUACUAUUGGGAGAUCAAGAUGUUGACGGCACUCUACGGCACGGAUGUGAUGGUUGGUGUAGGAACCAAGAAAGCCCAGUUGGACAAGUCUGCUUAUCAGUUUUGCAGCUUGUUGGGAUCGGACAAGGAGUCUUGGGGAUUCUCUUACACUGGUAAACUGCAGCACAACGGAAAAUCUGAGUGGUACGGUCCUCCUUAUGGCAAAGGAAGUAUUAUUGGAAUCUAUCUUGACAUGUGGAAGGGAACUUUGGAGUUCUUUUUGAAUCGUCGUCCUCUCGGAGUGGCAUUCCGCUCUCUGCAAGGCCAGCAGUUGUACCCGAUGGUGUGUUCGACAGCCGCACAGUCGGCCAUGCGUGUGACGUACGCGGUGUCUCAGCCCGUAGACCUGCGGCUGUUGAGCCUCCAGGCGCUACGUAACGACUCGUACCUUAUGGGACAACUGGCGUUGGUGCCGGGGCUGCGCCGGUUCAUCGCGUCCACUUGGUGGAUCGGAAGUGGGAGUCGUCUGGAUGAAUACGACGAUGUUCGGAUGAGCCGUCACUCUCGUAAGCGGCCACCCGAAGACUACGACGCAGUCCCUUGCCACCAUCAGGCGGCGACACCCGGAGGUCGCGUCAGGCGGCUUUGUCUCAUCUGCGACAUCAUCCUGUGACCAUCAAUGCAGCCUCGCAAUCCACGACAGAGCCGACAGUAUUUUAUUUUCCUCGUGACUGUGAUUCGUCUGGUCUCCGUUGUACAAAACGAUAGUUUUAGCGCGCACUCUAGUUGAAUGGAGCUUUUACUUAAGUUUUAUUUUUUCAAAUUAAUUUAUAGAGUUUAUUGUCGGAUUUGAUGCCGCCGUCAAUUUUGUUAUUUGUUAUCGAGUAACUUUGAGUUACGGAUUAUCGGAUAGUACUUCUUUAAUUUUUAUUUUAAGGUUCGCUUCGGUCGAGAUUAGUGUGAGUAUCUGCUGAUUAUAAAUUUUUUUUAUUGGAAACAAUGCCCAGGAUUCUUCAAAACAGGGUUGUAGCUUUCUGAAUAGAGUAUUAUCCCUUUGAUUUAUUUAGUUUGUUACUAUAAUAUAAAUAGCAACAAAACAUAAUAGCUAUGAAUUGAAGCAACAAAACAUAACAGCUAUGAAUUGAAAUAAAAAGUUGAGAAGUGCUCAUACUUUUUUAUAUCAUUUUUUUCAUGCCAUUUUACUUUGUAUUUGACAACUUUGGUAAUAUAUAUAUUGUUAACAGCGGAUGCUCUUGAUUUGAGUCCUUACUUGGGCCGAAAGGUAAAAAGACAGGUGUAAUGUAAUCUAGUCGUUUUUUUAAAACAUUAAUUGUUGUUCAUUCUGUUACAAGGAGAGUUUAAUUUAUCGAUUCGCCCUUAUUCAAGUACAAGAAAGGUCAUUGUAUGUAUUCAACAGUUUUAACGUUGUGAAAUUUUGCACAAACCAUCACCUUCACCUAUGUUUUAUGUUGUAAAAGUCCAGAUUUUGUGAUAGUGUAAGUUUGUUUUCUCUUAUUAUAGACUGAGUAAGACUGAGGCAUAAGUUAGGCCUAGCUUAGAAAAAACCGAUGUCAACUUAUCAAAUGUUCAUUGUUUCUUUUUUCAUAUUUGCCCAAAAUGUUAUUUUCACGCUUAACAUAAUAUUUAGACAUAAUAUUCACCAAUAAGAGAACAUCCACGCAUAUCCUACAUCUCUUUUGGUGGGUUGGCAUCGGUUUCUCAAAUUUAAAAUAUGGGAUCUCAAUUAGUUGAAUUUUGAAUAUUUAAUAAAAAAAACGGAAUACAUCUUCGAAUUUAGAGUGGAGUCAUGCCGACAGUUUAGAUAUUUUGACUUGAAAUUUUAAUUGAUUUAGGUCCCAUUUUCAUUUGAUCUUAUCAUUUGUAUAUAUUUUCAUUUAUUUUAGGGGCAUACCAAGUUCCUAGGAAGUUGUUCGAAGGUUGAUUUUCAAAUAUAUUUUUUUUACUCUGAACAAUCUCUUUGACUAAAGUGCGAGGUGAAACAGAUGUUUUGUCGGACCCGCAAUAUCCUUAACUAUACCAUUAGAGUAAGACGCGUCGCAGGUCGUGACGAAAAUAAAAUACUUUGGCGAGGAUCGUAUAGUCGUAGCGUGCCACGUAGUUCAUGUUUUAGAGUUGUGGCACAAUAAUAGUUAGUUGGAUGUCAGUUGUAAUCCGUGUUUUUGUCGUAUCUUCAGGUCGGUCGCUGAACCUAGUCGUUUAGCUAUGAUUCUGUUUUAUGUGAUUGUAUUAAUUUUAACUUGUAUGUGUUCUCGCUUUAGUUGUGUAGAUAUUUCGGUUUGUUGUGUUUUGAUUGGUACCAUGUACCAAAAUGUAAAUAUGUGGCCGGUUUGGGAAUCAGGGCGUAAUAUUGAAUUGCUAUUUUUAAGCCUUAUGUUUUUUUUUUAGAAAUAUUGUUUUUUAUUUGUCCAACCACUAUGGCUAUAAGUGUAACAAAAUUUAUUUUCAGUUUUGAAACCAAUUAAAAUUUAAUUGAUUUAAAAAGACUUGCACUAAUUUAAAACUGAUAGUUUGUCCACUUUUAUGGAUACAAUUAACAAUUUUUCUGGUUAAUCAAGUAUUUAUCAUACCUGGUGGUGUACAAACAUGAAAAACUUAAUGACUUUUUGUAGGCCUACAUUAAAAUAGCCAAAAAUGAAAACAGCCUUGUUGUAGGUCUUCACCUACAAUAGGCAUUCCACCCACCGAAAUGCUGAAAAAAACCAUUUGAAUGUAUUAACUAUUCUUUAUACUUAUGUUUUGUUUAAACUUUUCACUUAUAACUUAAUUACAAUUAUUCUCUAUCAUGAAAUUAUUAUUUUAAAUAGUUUUGUCAAAUAAUGUUUAGUGUUAUUUGCACUAUUAAUGUUUUCUACGUUUUCGGUAAUGGAACUGUCCUAACCCUGGUCUUGUUACUAACGACCUUUUGUUAGAAAACAUCAUUAACUGAGCCCAAUGACAAAUGGUAUUUGUUAACGAUCUUGCUUAGAAUUGAACCCAGCGACUUUCAGAUUUAAAGACGAGCAAUAUAACCACUCGGCUGCCCAAACAAUUUAUUUUACUAUGUGUCUCGUUUACAGUUUGGAUUUAAAAAUGAAAUAAAGUUAUUACUUAAAUUUCGCAAAUCAUAUCUCAACCGGCCAGGUAUUAUUUGCUUUACUAUGUAACCUAAUAUUUAAUAUUGUUUUUCAAUUUUACACACAAAGUUGUUGUAAAAUAGCUGUUACGCUAUAAAAUAUAAUGGACUAUAUUUUUUAAAUUAUGUCUGAAUUAUAUAUUGAUUUUUUUAAACGUUUUAUUGUAAGAAUAUCAUUUGAAGAAUAAUCUAAGGAGUAUUGUGGAUAUCAUAUGAGUAAUGAUGUUUAAGGGAAGAAGGGAAUGUAGUAAAAUUGGGGAAAUAUCACACAUUGGGCACGUUCUGGGAAUAUUUAUGCAGAAAAUGCGUCGUCCUGGGAGACCGGUGAGUUUACCUGGCAGACAGCUUCGUUUUCUUUUUUCCUCCACUGGUGAAGGAAAUCGUACUUAGCGUCAUCAUAGACGAAAAGAAUUAAAUAUAGACUGUCAGCCGUGCUGUAAUUACCAUGGUUACCAUAGGUUCUGGCGCACACCGCUGGGAGCGCCAUGUAGUUAUGUAGCACCUACGCCGUAACUACAUGGCACUCCCAACGGUGUGUGCCAGAACCCAUGGCAAUGCAGCACGGCUGACGGUCUAUAUUUAAUUAUUUUAUCUAUAGUGUAAGGCAAGACACCAGAGCCCUCUGAUUGGCCAGUUUCAUGGACAUCAGUCUGCAGCAAGAUGGUGGAUCCAUCGAAAUAAUUGUGUAUCAAUUUGAUGGAUUAUUAUAUUAUGCAAAUGAACGCAAGAAAAUCAUAAAUAAACUUAUUCUAGGAAGGUAAGUUUGAAACUUUAAUCUAAUGUGCACCGUAAACCAGUGGCUAACCGUUCUGGGAACGCAAGACUCUUGCCUCGGGGCGGUACAUUUACACAGAACGCACUCUUUGUUAAAAGAAAUGUCAUUGAAGAUCUGUCAUAGACCGUAAAAGACUUAAUUGUAAGUUAUAUUUUGGAGUUGAGCAUCAUGAAACAUUCCCCUUCCCUGAGACAAUGUGAGAAUAUUAAAUGUAAAAAAAUACUAUUUAAGUUUUACUACAAAAAGUGUUUUUUUUUUAUGUAUACAUAUUAAUGUAUUGUUUUAAAGAUUGAUUUAUAUAGAUUAUAAUCAUUUACAUUGUAAUUUUUUGUUACAAUUGAAAAUCUCUGUCUACAACGGAUUGUUUUGUAAUUCAAAUUAUUUCUCGGUAUUUGUAAUUAUUAU